GGAUCCGUAAAUAUCAUGCACUCUGUUGUCGAAACACCUUAAGUUUUAUAUUGGUUAACGGCAAUGUAAAAAAUAAAAAGCAUUUGUUAAUGGUAUUUGUAAAAGAAAAGAAAAACAUGUGUGAUUUUCCUGUUUUCCGUAAUUUAUUUUUCUAACGUCAAAUCAGGCCUCAGCAAUGGAUGUAAAACGAGGCGAGAGUCCAAGUAUGGGGGAGAAAAUCUUCAGGAUGGUUACACCCCCAGCAAAAAGGGAGGCACGCCGAUCCCUGAAGUCCACCUCCCUCGGGAUGGCAGCUAAGUAUCGUCUCUCUACUAAUUCGUCUGUGUCCUCCAACGCAUCUUCUACGUCCACGGUUCCCGCCAAACCAGCCCCUAAUAAGGUCAACAGAGUGAGAAAAUCUGAAAUCGAUCUGCAACUCCAGAGGGAGAUGGAACAAAUUCGGAUGGAGGAAGAAGAGCGGAAAAGAGGAGAAGAACUAAUGCUAAAAGAAAAACAAAAAAUCAAAAUUGAAGAUUUUGAGGACUACGACCUUGAUGAUGACAGCGAUUUGUCCGACACUGAAUCACUGGGCGAGGAGAUCAGUCAGAGAAUGUAUAUGGAGGCCUGUAAGGAUCUACACAUAACGCCCAUCAAAGCCCUGUAUAAAGCGCUGGGGACGGACAGACUGGCAGUGGUGGGCGUCAUUUUGAAAAAGAAUGAAUCCAAAGCUUGUGCAAUAGGACUUGUGCGAAAUUCAAUAGUCGAAACACUUAUUCUGGAAAGCAAUGAACUAGGCGGAUAUGGUGCUAAAUGUAUUGCUGAUGCAAUCACUAGAAAUGAAUAUCUGACGGAAAUCAGAAUAGUUGAAAAUAAUAUUGGGACAGAGGGUGCUCGGGUGAUCUGUGAUGCACUACGUAAGAAUAACUAUGUCCGACGCCUUGAUCUAAAAGGAAAUGGAUUUCACGAGGAAGACGCUAAAUACUUCAAAGAUAUGCUUGAUGAGAACCAUGCAUUACGAGAACUAUAUCUUAGUCAUAAUAAAUUUCAAGAGCUUGGUGGAGAAAUAUUUGCCGAUGGUCUCGCAAACAACGAUUUUCUAAGAGUACUUGAUCUUAGUUGGAAUCAUUUACGCAUGCGUGGUGCAAUGGCAAUAGGUUCUGCAUUACAGGUGAAUCGACAUUUAGAAAAACUUGAUAUUUCCUGGAAUGGUUUUCAUAUUCGAGGCGCCCUCACGAUUUCCAGAGCGCUAGAAAUUAACACCACGCUACUAGAACUUAACCUAAGUUGUAACAGGCUCUCGGACGGAUGCAUCCAAAUUCUGGUGAACGGCUUGAAGAAAAAUUCUAACUUAAAAGUCCUUAGGAUUGCGCAAAAUCAAAUUUAUCCACCAGGAGCUUUCAAAAUUCUGGAAAGUAUAGAAAAUACGCCAUCCAUAGCACUAGAACUCCUUGACUUGGGGGACACACCUGUAAUGGACACAUUUGAAAAAUUGUAUAAAAAGCUACAGGAAAUUCGGAAUCCCUUUAAAGUAAUCUACGGCAUGGUGUGGGCCACGGAUCGCCAAUCUCUGGCCAGCGCCGACCAGGAACCGGAAGAGGAGGAUCUUCUCAACGAAGAUCCGCUCCUAGUCUUGUUCGAGUAUGCGCGGUUGCAGAACUUCCGGUUGGUGGACAUGUUUAAACAGCUGGAUACGGACAACAGCGGAUCUCUGGACAGACAAGAGUUCUCAAGAGGAUUAGCACAAGUAAAUAUCCCCAUGAACAGACGUUCUUUAAAUCGACUCAUAGAUAUGAUGGACGUGGAUGGAGAUGGUGAAAUUGACUUCAGUGAAUUAAUGGCAGCCCAACAGAAACACAAACAGCUAUUGAAAAGUUAUAUGAAAAGUGAGCGACCACUGGAAGAUACAGAAAUUGGCCGAAUAGACAGACUAUUGAGAAAAGUUAUGUACAAGAGAUUUCUCAUGCGCAAAUUUUAACUCAAUAUUUCAUUUUUUUUUUCAUUAUGUUGUUUUAUUAAGAUUAAAAUAAAAUUUAAAAAUUCAGA